AUGUCGCUAGAGGAGGCUAAAGAGCUAGAUAAAAUAUAUUCAGUUUACAAAUCAAAAUUCAAUAUACCGACCUUCCAGUCUCUAGGAAUCAAAAAUGAUAAAUUUCAACCAGACACCGAAUCAAUAUAUUUAUGUGGUAAUUCAUUAGGAUUAAUGCCUAAAAAUACGGCAACAGCAAUAAAUAAUGAACUUAAUGCGUGGUCAUCGAGGGGAGUUGAGUCUCAUUUCAAUCAUCCAGAUAAAAGUCUAACAGAAUGGGUUGAUAUAGAUUUACCUUUAAUACCAUUAUUAAGUCCGUUAGUUGGAGCUCAAGAUAACGAAGUUGCAGUAAUGGGAUCAUUAACUUCAAAUUUAAAUUCAUUAUUAAUACAUUUCUACAAACCUAAGAAUAAAAGAACAAAGAUUUUGUUUGAGAAACAAGCAUUUCCUUCAGAUUAUUAUGCAUUUUUAAAUAUAGUAAAAUUAUUUGGAUAUGACGAGUCUCAUUUGAUACAAAUUGAAAUUCCGAAGGGAAGCACAUACUUGCCUACAGAGCUCAUACUAUCAACUAUUGAUGAAAAUCUUGAGAACCUUGCAUUAGUAUGUCUACCUGGGAUACAAUAUUAUACAGGUCAAUUUUUCGAUAUUGCAAGUAUCACCAAACAUGUUAAAUUUAAAAGUUCAGAAAUCAUCGUAGGUUGGGAUUUAGCUCAUGCAGUAGGUAAUGUCUCUUUAAAAUUACAUGAUUGGGAAGUAGAUUUUGCUACUUGGUGUUCAUAUAAAUAUUUAAAUUCAGGACCAGGUGCAAUAGCUGGAAUAUUUGUAAAUUCAAAAUAUACUAAAACUAAUUCUAAUUUAAAUUAUAAACCAAGAUUAGCUGGAUGGUGGGGUAAUAAUAGUGAAGAAAGGUUUAAGAUGUUAGAAAAAUUUGAUCCAAUUGCUUCAGCAUUAAGUUAUAGACAACUGAAUCCUAGUGUUAUUGAUUGUGUUGCAUUAAAAUCUUCAUUAGAAAUUUUUAAAGAAGUUGGUGGAAUUGAACCAUUAAGAAAAAAAUCAAUUGAAUUGACUUCAUUUUUGGAAAAGAUUUUGAAAUCUAGUGAAUUUUACAUUCCACAAGAUUCUUUGGAUGAUAAUAAAUUUGGAUUCAAAAUACUAACUCCAUUGAAUCAAAAUGAAAGAGGUUGUCAAUUGAGUUUAAAUUUUCAACCACAUAGAGACAAUAAAGAAAAAAACGUAAUGGAACGAGUGUUUAAGUAUUUACACAAUCAUGCUAUUAUUUGUGAUGAGAGAAGACCAGAUGUUAUUAGAUUGGCCCCAGUACCAUUGUAUAAUACAUUUGAAGAAACAUUUUUUGCUUCGCAAAUACUACUUGAAGCAUUGGAAAGUAUUAAAAAUGACUAUAAUUGA